AUGCGUGACGGUGCAACUGGACGUUCUCGUGGUUUCGGUUUCCUCACUUUCAGAGACCCCAAGACCGUUAACAUCGUCAUGGUGAAGGAACAUCAGCUUGACGGCAAGAUUAGGGCUAUUCCUCGCGACGAGCAGGAGCGUACUAGCAAGAUCUUCGUUGGUGGUGUCUCGCAGGAAGCCACUGAGGCCGACUUCAAGAACUUCUUCAUGCAGUUUGGUCGCGUUCUGGAUGCCACUCUGAUGAUGGACAAGGACACCGGUCGUCCUCGUGGUUUCGGUUUCGUCACCUUCGACAGCGAGGCUGCAGUCGACAGAACUCUCGAACGCCCCCUGGAGAUCUUGGGCAAAUACAUUGAGGUCAAGAAGGCCCAACCCAGAGGCAACCUGCGCGGUAACGAGGAUAACAACAACAACGGUGGCUUCAAGAAACAGGGCUUCGGCGGUCAGCAAGGUGGCUUUGACCCCAGCCAGCAGGGUGGCAUGCAACAAGGCGGUCCUGCUGGUAUGGGAGGCAACAACAUGAGUCCAGCUAUGAUGGCCCAAUACUGGCAGCGCAUGCAGCAAUACUUCCAGAUGAUGCAGCAGCAGUUGGCUACUAGCAUGGGUGGAGGCGGCAACCCCAUGAUGGGCGGUGGUGGCGGCAUGAACCCUCAGAUGAUGCAGCAGAUGAUGGCCAUGCAACAGGGCAUGGGUCAAGGCGGCAUGAACCCAGCCAUGAUGCAACAAAUGCAACAGAUGCAGCAGCAAAUGCAAGGUGGCGGUCCUGGUAACUCGGGCAGCCCAGCACCCUCCAACAACCCCAUGUCACCCAUGAACGGCGGACCCGGUCAACCGCGGUGGCAUGCCCGGCGCAUCCGCAACCCCAACAGCAGCAACGGCUUCCAACCCUCGGGCUCGCCCACCAGCUGGGAGGGCAUGUACGACGACGUCCCCGCUCCCAACCAAGGCGGCGGCCCCGGCAGCAACAACGGCGGAUUCGCCCCUCGCGGCCCCAAGAAUGCUGGAAGACCUGGCGCCAACUACAGAGGUGGUGGCAGAGGUGGUCACCGUGGUUUCCAUCCUUAUGCUCGCGGCGGCGGUGGUGCCUAG